CAAGCGUGCGCCUUCGCCUGCAGUGAGACCGAACAGUAUUCACCAUUCGGUAGUUCGUAGUUUCUACCGUUGAAGACCGUGCUAUCUUUAGUUACUAUGCAUUGUUGUUGAGUAGCUGUUGAGGCUUCGCCGGAUAGCUGGAUUUUUGUUUGCUCCGGUAGCGGAUGGCGUCAUCGUCAUCAUCAUCGGCGGCAGUUAGGUCAUGGAGGACGGCGUUUCUGACGAUGAGAGACGAAACCCUAGCAAGUGGAGCCGGCGCCACGCCCUCCUCUUCCAUUCCCCAACUCCUUCAGCAUCUUGUCUUCUCCCAUUCUCAGUCUCUCGUCUCUGCCGCCCCACAUCUUCCUCCUCACGAGGUUACAUCCGACAUCUUGUUUAUGCUGGAAUUGGUUGCCUCUAAUUGUCACGUCCCACAAGAUAUGACCGCUACAUUUUCUCACACAUCAAACUUGAUUCGUGAUGUAUGUCGUCGUGUUUCCUAUGAGAUUAGCUCAUCUUCGUGGUCUCUCAUACUUGACUCAUUUGCAAAUAUGCUGGAAUAUCUUCUUAACGAAGCUGAUUCUUCAGCUAAUGCUGCUAAAAUUACUUCCAUGAUGGAUUGCUUAGAGACCAUAAGACGGCUCAUCAGUGCUCGUCACAGAAAAUGUUCACCAUCUGAAGAUAUCCAGCUGGUGAAAUUCCUUCUCCGCAUUAUUGUCAGCUCUCACUCAGAGUUAAUUUGCUCAUCUCAUUCUAUCAGAAACCAAAAGUGUGCUGCUGAAAUGGGAAAGAGAGGACCCAGAUACUGCAGUUUAUGGGAAGUCCAGACUGUCACUUUUUCUAUGCUUGGUGAAACUGUCACAAGAGACGGGUCAUCCAUUCCGGAUGAUGUUUGGAAAUCGAUGAUUGAGGUUCUUAGGAGAGUGAUGGAUUUCUUGGCAUCUAAGAGCUUGCUUGUGGAAGACAAUGUUAUGUCCAGGUUUUAUGCAUCUCUCCUGCAUUGUCUGCAUUUGGUUCUUAUGGAUCCUAAAUGUUCCAUUUCUGACCAUAGACGCGAUCUUGCUCAAUGGCAAAUCCAAGCUUGGACCGGCUUGAGCAGCAGCUUGAGGAUGAAGAAGAUGGAAGAAAAUAUUGAGACGAUGAAAGCAAAUAAUGCCAAAUUGUAUGCAUUGACUGCCAAAUGCGACAAUUGUUCUGCUGAUAACAAUGAUGAGUUCCAUUUUUCAGAACAGUCACAAAUGGUGCCCGAAGACGUCAACAACCUUUUCAAUCCGCAAGAUCCAUUUCACCCCGUUGAAGUAGCCAAAACAAGGCAACCAUGUCCACCCCGUGCUCCAUUGCAAGUGCCUCGUCGCUAUCCUGUAUCACAGAACAACAGGCAGUCCAAUGUUCAUUGGCAGCGGCAAGUGAGUGGGCUUGUGCAAAUUUGGACGCUUUAUGAUAAAGAAUUGAUCCCACCUCUUGAACGGCCACCAAGGGAACGCCGGAAACGAGUAAUGAAGGAAGAAAAGAAUUUCUAG